UGACUUCAUCGACGAAAUUGAUGUAAAGCUAUAAACAGUACUCCAACAUCUUCUAUUCUUUGACUUGGCAAUUUCCACCUUCAAAAGGCGGGCGGCCAAAUAAUCCCACGCUACUCACGGGUAGCUUGGUAACUUAAAUCCUAAAAAAAAAAAAAACUAAAUUUGUUUCGAAGAUUUGUUGAUCAAAAUGCGACCACAACGUCAAUGCAUUGUAGUGAAUAUGCGCUCCGCGAUAGCUCUAAUUGUUAUAUUCGUGCUAAACGGCAUUAAGAACAGCGAGACGGCCAGCGGUGGCAACCAAAUGGAUCUAUCCGAUGCAAAGGGCGACCACAAGGACAACAGCAAUGCCAGCAAUAAUAAUAACAACGACAACGAAGUAUUUAUGCCGGCCCUGGGCAAUAUGGGAUCCAAAACAUCAUCAUCCUCCAGUGCAUCCAUCGAUAACAUAACCACCUACACCAGCAGCAGCAGCAACAACAACAUGCUAUGUCCUUUCGAUAGAGAGACGCCCUGCGACCGUCUGCAGUUUCCCUGCAUCCGAUGCAGCUACAACUAUGGCUGCUACUACGGACGCGAGGUAAACGUCACCUGUGAGGCCAUCACCAAUGUCCAGUGCCAGGGCGAGCGCAGCUUUCAGCGUCAGAUGAGCUGUCGCUACUGCUACCAGACAGAGCUCUGGCAGCAGAGCUGCCUGCAGCGCGCCAAUUGCAACAAAUUCUAUCGCACCAAUUGCACCGUCCACCAGGAUGUCCUCUGUCUGGGCAAUCGUUCGUUUACACGAAACCUAAAAUGCAACUGGACGCAGGGCUAUCGCUGGAGCACAGCGCUGUUGAUAAGCCUCACCCUGGGCGGCUUUGGGGCCGAUCGCUUCUAUUUGGGCCACUGGCAGGAGGGAAUUGGCAAGCUGUUCAGCUUCGGUGGUCUCGGCGUUUGGACCAUCAUCGAUGUCCUGCUCAUUUCGAUGCACUAUUUGGGACCGGCCGAUGGUUCGCUCUACAUUUAGGGUGGGGUGUGCUUGGGGAUCUGAUCUAUAGGUUUAAGAAGGACUGUUUGUUAGCCAAAAGCCUAGAACAUAAGCAAAAAUCUAACCAUUACCAUGUACAUAUGUAUUUGUUUUGUUCAAGAACACAUUAUUACAUAACGA